AUUUGAGUCAAAUCCCACCAGAUUUACUUUUGCGAGGAUUGACCAUUCAGCGUGAUAAUUCAUUUGAAGAUAUGGUAAGUUCGGUGAAUAGAUUGAUUAAAUCAAACACUUUUGAUGAAAAAAUGUUGAUUGAAUUGUUCAAGACUUUACAAAUGAAUAGUACCCAGUUCCAUCUACUCUUACGAAAACUCAGAAAGCGUCCCUUUUUAGCAAGAGCAGUAAUUGGACAAUACACCCGGGAAAACCCACCAGCAAGCGAGUUGAUGUUGGCAACCACAUAUGUAAAUAACAAACAAAUACUACUUGAAUUAUUCCGAAGAGCAACAUUGGAUUUGGAGCUUGAUCCUGCAUUUCUUACUCAGGUAUACAACAAACUCAUUUAUGUCACCAUGACCAAACAGCAUAAUCUGAAUUUUGAUACUUUUCACAAUACAUUUGUGGAAUCGUCGUAUACUCGACGAGCAGAAUUCCACAACACUAUACGAGCAUUAGCACAAACCUUGUCGUUAGUAGAUGAACAAAAGUUAGCCACCAUAUUAAGUGCAUUGAUAAACUUUGUGCAAACCGACCAGUUUUAUUAUCGUGGAGAUACUCAUGGAAUAAAUUAUCUAAUUAGGGACAUAAUCAAAGAAAUUAUUCGAUUUAAACAAAGACAAGACAUGGAUUUAGUUGCAUUUAUGAAACUGGUUGUUAAGAAAGUCAAUGCUAGUCCCAAGUCAUAUCUUGUAUAUUGGUAUUUCAAACUACUAGUAUUGGAAAAUCCUAGAAAUGCAUUUAAAUUGAUUGACAGUGAUAAUAGUGAGAUUGGGAACUAUUUCCCAGCUUUGGUAUCAGGGAUAUUGAAUCUGGCGAGUUUAGAAUCGAACGCCAAGGUUAAGGUUCUUGUUGAGCUUAUCAAUUAUGCUCACGAGAAAGGAUUAGUUCAGCAUUUAAAUGUGAAAACUGCAGGUGAAUUAAUCAAAUUAAUCAAGAGUAAGUCAAUAACUGCCGACACAAUCGACUUGGUGUAUCUGUUGGACAGUAAAGUUUUAAGAACAGCAAUCAGACUACAGCUUGCCAAAAUAAAACGAUAGCAUAUUUAUUUAACACAUAGACAUCAGCAUAAAUAUAAUACAUAGAGAACUUAUAUUAUCUCGUCAUUAUCAUUACUGUUAUUAUUGUUGUAGUUUGUUUGUUUCCGUCGCAUUCGUUUAUUAGUAAACCAGACUCUGAUUUGCAAGGGACUUACUCCACAUUUCUUUGCGAUUAACUCACGUUCUUUCCGGUUAGGCGAUGGAUGGUUGAUGAAUACACUUUCCAAGAACUCUUUGACAGAACUAUCCAAUCUUCUUCUUGUCUGCUUAGUUCUGGAAGAGUUGCUAGAUGUCGCUUGGACGUCAUCUUGAUCUUGGUCUUCGUCAUCAAGGGUGUUGCUGACAGAAAUCGUAAUUUUGCUUAAAUGAAAAUCAUCAGGGGUAAGCGGUCGAGCUUGAAAUGAGUAAUUUUCAUGUUGUGGAGUAAGGAUAUUCUUGUAUAAAUUCCGGAUAUAGAACUCGUUCUGGGGUUCUACAGUAGAUGAUAACUAAUAAAAGAUUUGGUUAGUAUUUGCAUCUCUUGUGUGAAUACGGAAGUCAGGAUUAACAUCGGUAUAUACUAAAAAGCGGAAUAGUAUUCAUCGUUAGGACUUUUUGGAAAUGGCUUCUUCUGUCAAAAUAACACCAAUGCUUAGCUAGGAAGAUUC